AUGUCUUUAAAUCAUCAACAGCAUUAUCGGAAAGGAGAAAUCAUCACUAACAAGAAACAACAGAAUAAUAGUAGUACUAAUUCAUCAGUCUCUUCUCGGAAGAAGAGAAACAAAUUAUUAAAGAAUUUAUAUUAUCGAUCAAUAGAUGGAAAAUUCCAGGCUAGAUGCAGUCCCUACAAUGUAGGAAAGUCAGUCAUGCAAGUACCUAUUAAAUUGUUGGAAGAUGAGGAGAAGAUUCUGAGGAGGAGUGUUUCUCUUGGAUUCACGAGGAAUGGUAAUCAUUUGGUUGCCUAUAGAUUGGAGGAUGAUAUUUAUGAUCAGGAAGAUGAUAUGAUUGAAGAGGCUAACAAGCUGCUCUAUUUGGUAUUCUUUAAAUUCGAGGUUGGAAGUUGUUUGGCUAUUGAUAGCUGUUUCCAGAUUGUCACAAACAAUGUGAAAGAUCUACUUUUUCCUCGAUAUGAAGGUAAUGCUAAUGAAGUAACAGUUAAAGUUGAUAGCAUGGGUCAGUUACUGUCAAAUCCAGGAAAGAGAAGAAUUGUAAAUAAUAGAUCAGUUUCAUUGGAUGAUUUUAUUCCAAAAUUUAUUGUUCAUGAUGUACAUUUUCAUUUCACAGAGACGAUUGGUGAGGAUGUUUUUCUGGUCUACCAGUAUGCUAAAAUGACUGCUGAAAAAGUUUAUUUCAUGUCAAUAAUGCCAAAUGUAUUGAAUGUGAGAAGAGGAAAUAUCUACUCCUUGGCUAUACGGUACAAUGCCUCUACCGAUGUGAAUAUCAGCAUUUUCAACGCAAACUUGAAUUUGGCAUCUCUAGAAAAUAACAGGCACUUGAUAUCUAUUCUCACUCCAACAACUGUGGAAUUAUUUAUUUUCGAGAGUAUGAUAAUUGAGGAAAAGUAUGAAGUGUUGGACCCUUUUGAGAUGAGUAAUAAUAAUGAGGAUGAAUUUGGAUCAAUUCGCAAAGGACUCAGUGAAACUAUUUCACUUAGUUAUAUACCAAUUAUCAAGAGAAGUGACGACUUGAGGACGACUUUUAUCAGGACUAGCAACUUUUACCAUCUCAACAUUGAGGAAUUUCUCUCAUGUCAAAUAGAUCGAGAUCAACGAAUUAAUGACUAUAGCUUUAAGGUAAUCAAAUGUGAGGAUGUAUCAGGGAAAGUAUUCCUCCUUAUAGCAGCCGACAUUGCCAGAUAUCAACACAUGCAAAGGAUGAUCUAUCAUUGUAUCAUUGAGCCUGUUGACACUACCAACAACCAAAGACCAUCCCUUAAAAUCAUCAACAAGCAAUGUGUCAUCGUUGCCACCAAUUCGCCCAUUCACCAACUCGUUCAAAAUCUGUGUUUCAUCUAUUUGAAAAAAGAAAUUCCCAAAGCUCACAUCUACUCUUGCUUUAACAAUGAGAAUCUAUUCACAACAGGAACAUCCACUUCCAUUCUUUGUAAUCCGCUUCUUCCCAUCUGCCUCACCAACACUUCUUUUACCUCAACAAGUAGUAACAAUCCACCAAUCAACAACAUUCACAGAAUUUCAUCUCAAUAA